CUCGUUUCAUAAACCAUAAUAUCGGCUGACAAUGAAAAACUAGCAAUGAAAAGAAAACGUACCUUACUACUUACUAGUUAGCAGAAGCAUCCGAAUACCUGCAAAUCAAAACAUUCCCCUAACAACCGGAACACACUCCGCACGCGCUAUUUUCCCUUGCCUGCACCAAUAUGGCUGCGGCGUGUGUUCGGUGAUGUAGUGGUUAAACCAAGAUGGCGGCGGCUCGAUGACGUUUAUCCGCUACCAGUAACUUUCAUUCCCUGAAGCUUUAGGAUUGCUUUGUAUCAGCUGUUUUGUUGGGAGAACGUGAAGGGCGGUAAAUAGAACGUUCUCUGCUGGUGAGCUGUCCUUUUAUGUAAAUAGGUAACUCAAUAUUCUGGCAGACUUUUUUUUUUUUAAAUCUUAUUGCCAGUGAGCUUAUGAAACGCAUAUUGCGUCUUAGAGUUUUGCAAUGUCCAGUUUAAUAUAAUAUCAUAUUCACACUCGAUGGUUUUUAUAAACUAGGUAAGAUUAGUUAAUAUAUACAGGGUAUAUACCUUUAUACAAAAAUGUUAAUGGGGAAGUGUGCUUUCUAAACCUCCACAGGCUGUGAUUAAGGGCUAACAAAAAUGCAAAUAUAUAAAACAUAUUAAAAAUCCAAAAUGUUUAUACUAACCUGUAGUAGCAUAAAUAUUAGUACUUGCAGUAAUGAUGCUAUGCAUAUGCAGGUGAAUGUUCUAUGUUGUUAACCCACGCCACCUAACAUUAUUGCACAACAGUGUCACAACAUGGUCGCACAUGUGAUUGAGUCCUGAAGGUGUGCCUUUCAAGGGAGUCCCAGGGUUUUAGCUAAGAGAGGCACCCUUCUUGUACAAAGCUACAGGGAGGGUAUUGCAGUUUCAUUUAUUGAUUUGUUGAAGCUCACCUCACCUCCUACACAAUAUUCGACAACACCAAUUUAUAACUUUUUAAAUCCAACUUUAACCACCCCCUAACAUGCCACUGGUAGGAGAUAAUGGCAAUAUGGACAUGUUUCAAAACUUUGGGCCUACCUGCAGAGAUUGUUACCAAGACAUGUUUCAAGCCAGUGGCUAUAUCUACCCCAGCUUGGCUGGUCUCUGAAAGUGCUUUUCCUCCUAGGCAGCUAUGGGCCCCUCAGCCUGCCCUACUUCUACCAGGCAGGUAUCGGGCCCCUCUGACUUAAACUACUGCUUUCUCAAAGGUACUUGUGGCUCGAAGGCCUAGUUUUUGCCAUUGUCUUAGAUGUUUUAGCUCUCAGGAUGAUUCAAUGCAUAUCUGUGAAGAGAUGCUGAUUGGUGCAGCGGUUUGCCUAUAGGAAAGCAUUUGAUUGGCUGAGCUCAUCAAGAGUGAUGAUCUCAGCCAUGGAAACUGUGCCAACCUUUGCAAGAGCAGCGUGAUGAGGGAAAAAAGGUAAGUAAAUUCCCCUUUGUACUGUAAAUUGGAGAGGGAUCGGUCACCUAAGCAGUCACUUUAGCACUAUAGUGUCAGGAGUACAUGUUUGUAUUCCGGACACUAUAGUGCUCAUUUAAGAAUUUAACCCCUUAAGGACGGCGGGCCUUCUAUGCCGUCCUUUUUGGGGCGGUCCUAAACGCCGGCGGACGGCAUAGAACGUCCCCGCCAUUCCCCUGAUGGCGGUUGUGAUCCUGGGGUAUGCCUGUGAGCUCAGGCAGACCCCUUCCAGAUAUAUAUUGCAUUCAAAUUACAUUUAGAAUGACUUUUUAUAUAUAUAUAUAUAUAUAUAUAUUACAUUUUUACAUAAUCAAGUCAUUUUAUUCAUUACCAUUUGAGGGACCUGCUUGUCAACCCAGGCUGAAAGUCCAGAGAAUUUGGCUCGCAAGCCCUAUAUUAACCCUGUAACCUUUCAGGACACCAUAAAACCUGUACAUGGGGGGUACUGUUUUACUCGGGAGACUUCGCUGAUCACAAAUAUUAGCGUUUAAAAACAGUAAAACCUUUUCUACUUUUGCAAAUGCUAUGCCAUCAUGGGAGUAAUUUUCAUUACUGGGCUACCAUUUGUUCUCAAAGGCAACAUAACCAGUCUGGCAAAUUUCACUGUGUAUAAAGUAAAAAAAAUUUAAUGUGCUAUAUUUGACCCUUUAACUUUCCAAAACACCAUAAAACCUGUACAUUGGGGGUACUGUUUUACCCGUGAGACAUCGCUGAAUACAAAUAUGUACUUUAUUGCAGUUAUAGCUAACAGUAUUGUGACAUUCACAGUUAAAAUGCCAUGCAGAACUAAACAAAUAACAUAAUUUUUUAUUUUCUCACAUUUUUAAAAAUAUUUUAUUCAAGUGCAGUUAUGCUUAAUAUACAAAUAUUUUAUGUGACAUGAAAGCCAUGUUUCUCCUGAACAAAAUUAUAUAUAAUAAGUGUGGGUGCACAUAAUAUGAAAGUGGUGAAUUACGCCUAAAUAGACAUAUAGCGCAAAUUCAAGGUUUUUUUGUUUUGAUUUGUUCACAACUUGUACAAUUGGCUCAGUCCUUAAGGGGUUAAGAAGGCCUUGAUUUUAAUAAGCUUUGGAAAUAAUUCUUUACUGUUAAAAAACUUUCUAAAUUAUUUAUAUACAAAUGUCACCAUUCAAGUCUAUAGAAAUUUUUUUAGAGAAAUCUUUUGGGAAAGGAAACGCCUUUUCUUAAUUUUGCUUUUUCAGUUGUUUAGUAGAUAACUCCCUAAUUUUCUAACUUUAUCAAAACAAAUGGAUCCAAAACAAUUUGUUACAGAAUAGUUCGUUUUUGUUUAAAGGACCACUCUAGGCACCCAGACCACUUCAGCUUAAUGAAGUGGUCUGGGUGCCAGGUCCCUCUAGGAUUAACCCCUUUUUUUAAUAAACAGCAGUUUCAGAGAAACUAUGUUUAUAAAUGGGUUAAUCCAGCAUCCAAAUCCUCUAGUGGCUGUCUCCUACGAUCCACUGACCAUUGCAUGGUAAAUAUAUUAAUUGCAUGAACAGUCCUUUUGUUCAUUACUGUAGCUAAUAGAUUAAAUGUAUGUAUAAAUAUAUAUAUUUAUCCUCUCUGGUAGUACUGAUAUCUCUUAUCUGCACAAGGGAGAGUAAUGUCAAAUGAAAACCUUACAAGCUUAUUAGGAGUGUGGUGACUGACCAAAGUAAAGCUCUCCUUUUAUUUGUUUUCUUUCGGCUUCUUGCUUAAGAUUUUUAUCUGUUUUUUUUGUUUUUUAUUUAACUUUGUGUCUUAUAUAUAAAUGUACUUCAUAGAAACCAACAUCUCUCCCUUUAAUCAUUAAAAAAACUGUAUUUAUUCACAGCUGCUUGCAUGCAACCCACUGCACUUUGGUCUUGGCUGGAAUUUUUAAUUUAUUUAUUUUUGUUCAUCUAGUUUUCCUGUUUGCACAAAGCUGACCAAAAAUGGCAGAAACUGAAUCCUGUGCACUUCAUGUCCCAGCUUUGGAGGACAUCUCAGAGGGUAAGAAGACUAUCAAAAUGACAAAUGGGUUUUGUUAGUUCAGCACUCUAGUGAUUGGGGCUCUGAAAUUAUAACAAUUGCUCCUUUGUACCUGUUGUUGUAAUUACAUAUAUUAUAGUCAAGACAUUGUUUAUAUAAUGCCUUAAAAAAGGUGUUGUCAUCCCACACCCUAGAUUGUCCAUUUAAGUUCUCGCAGAAAUAUAUUCAGUAGCACUUUAAUAUAAUCUAUUGGUGGCUUGAAUUUUUUUUUCCACACUACAUUGCAACACAGUAAAAGUAUGCUAAAAUGCAUAUUACUUAACGUUCGUGAUAUUAUCUUAAAUUGACUGGUAAAGAUUACUCUUCUUUUUUUUUUCUUUUUUUUUUUUAUUGAUGUUAAAAAGUUGACUCUCUUUAUAUUUCUUAUUUUGCAUGUUAUCAGUCUUUAAAGUUGGAUUACAGAAGAAUUAUGCAGAAGUCCAUGUCAGAAUAGUGGACUGCCCUGAUCUCACACAAACACCUUUUUGUUUUCCUGUGAAAGGUAAUAUUCUUUAAUUUUAUUAUAUUACAAAUAUAUUUUAACUCACAAAGCAACUUUAAAUCUUAAAAAAAGGUUUAUUUUAAAGCGUAACAAUCAACGUCCAACUUACCUUUCUUAUACCGGUUCCUCUACUCUUCUUUUCUACUCUUCUUUUCUUUCUUUUUUUUUUUUUCUGACAAAAUAACUAGGGGCUACUUCGACUUAGUAUUUUUCCUCCAUUUGACUUAUCUUGACUAGGGGUGGAGCCUAAUGCAAACUCCUCUUCUUUUGUCAUGCUCUAUUUUUCUCUUAAUACUCAUCUGUCCAUUGUAUCCCUUACGUCUAUUCUUGAGAUGCUCCCUGGCUCGUAGUCCUAGUGUUGUACAUGCUCCCAUGUCUUCCUCUGAGCAUGUAACUGUGGCUUUAGCUUCUGGGUGCUGGACAUGCAUGGACAGAGUUUACAUCGUGUAUGCAAAUGAAGGCAGUGCCUAUAUGUCACUGCCAGACUCCAGAAUAUGGAGGCCUGGUGAGAGAUGUUUCCCAAAUUGAGGGAAACCGAAAGGUGAGUGAAAGCUGGAUGAAAGAAACAAAAAAAAAUGUGUUAGGAUGUUACAGAGCAGUCUCUUAAAACUCUAGUUUCUGUCAAGGUAAAUUGAAUAACACUCCAUGCAAAGCUCAAACCUAUGCUACCUUAACAGUAUAACAUGUAAUAGCAACAUAUUACUGAGCCUUAGGAUGGCCGGGCCUAAAUCAGUGACUAUAGUAGAUGAAAAUCAAAUCGUAUAUGUCCUCUUGUUUCAUUUUAGAAAAUGCUAAUUAAUAUUGCAUAUACCCCCAUGGGAAACAUACAAAGCAAGAAAAAUAUGUCUACUUUCUUUUCAGGUUAUAUCUAUUAUUAUUUUCAUUAGUGUUCAUUUAAAUGUAUGAUAUAUUGACAGGCAAUAGUGUUUGAGGGUAAUAUAGGUAAUCAAGAAAACAAGAUUUGCUAGUGUUGCAAGAAUAGUAGUCAUGCAAAAAAAAGUGUUAACAAAUGUAGAUUUGAGGAAGGCUGAGCUUAAUAUAUAUACAUUGAAUAAUAUAUGCAGUGUAGAUCUAUCAAUGUGGUUUUUUUUCUUGGAACAGAAAAACUUGGGUAUCACAUGCUAUAGAUUCUUAGUGAAUUUGACAGUGGAGCCAGGUGUCCCUUGGAGAAGAACUACUGAAAGUGGGAAUUUCAUCAAUGUUUUUCAGAUGUUUUAUACAAGCCAAGAAACUCCGCAUGGAGCUGAGUGCCUGUCAUUAUGUCCAUGGCACAAGGAGGUGUAGAGAUUGCACAGGUCCCCCCUAAACAUUACAACCCAAGUAUUCACGUCAUUCUCUUGUAAAACUUGCCUUCAGGCAUGUCUAGUUCCUGUACAACCAUCUUGAUCCUUUUUAAAUUCACUAUAUAUUAAAGUGUAAAUUUCUAUAAAGUUAUGGUAAUUUAAUUUUUUUAAAUCUAUUUUGUAGCUAAUAUAAUCAAAGUAAAAACAUAGAAAGGGAAGCCGCACCUUCGGUAAUGUCCUCAAAUCUAAUUAAAGAUGGAACAAAGAUGGAAUAUAGUGUAGUAUUUACGCUGCAGGUGAAUAUGAAUGAGAGAGAGGAAAUAUACCUACAAUCUUUUGGAGCUUAAAAUACGCUUUACAUAUAUGCACUUGGAUUUGAGGACGUUACUGAAGGUGCUGCUUCCCUACAUUCCCUUUCUAUAUCUACCUAUGGCCAGAAGGAAGAGACUCUGGAUAAAAGGGAUGAUAUUUCUAGCACUUGUUCAGUAUAUAAUGUCCCAAACCAAAGUAAAAACAUAGAUGAUUGGGAGAAUUUCCCCCCCCCUCCCAAGUUUUUUUUUGUUUUUUUUUGAUUGAACUUGAAAUUCACUCUGAAUUUAUAUAGGUUUACAAUUUAGUGAAUCAACCUAAUAAUUGUGCACAUGCAUCUACACACAAUCUAUAUAGCGAACAGAUUUUUUUGUUUUUGACACCUGAAAUAUGUUUCUGGUUUGGUAUGAGCAUCACACAAAAUUGCCAAGUCUAGUUCUCAGUAUACUUUGGUGUGUUCCUUCUCUAUUGAAAUUUUAUUUCAGUAGGGAAGGAAUUGAUUUUGUUGGAAUUGAUGCAGCAGUUUUUAAUACUUGUUCAAAACUCAGUUUUGAUUUCCAUUUUUUUUUUGUUUGGCUUUAUGGAUUUUAAUUGUUAUGUUUUUAGGAAUCUGUGGGAAGUCCAGGAUUGCGGAUGUAGGUGGCGUUCCAUAUUUGGUGCCAACUGUACGCCUCGAUAAAGUAUGUGUUACUGAAGAACAUGUCCUAUUAUUGUGUGAUUUAUCUGUAAAUGCAGAAAUACCCUUGGAUUUAGUCACUAAACUAGGAAUUUUGAUGAUUUUCAGAAAGGAAUUACACAUUUUAGAGAUAAAUAGCUGUGCUUGAAAAAAGCUAAAUUAGAUACUUUCUGUUCAAAUGUUUGGCCUGCAAUUUUCAGUUUUCUUGUAUAUUAUUCUAACGUUUUAGUUUAGUGAAAAAACCUGUUUCUGUUAGCAAAUAGUUAAGGGUAACUGUAUACACAUAAGAUUAAAAUCCAUUUUCUUAUAGUUAUCCCACCAGUAUGUUUACAUGGACAUCACUCGAAUAAUAUCCAUUCCAACAUACUGCCAACUGGCCAGAGUUUUGAAAUAAAGAAGCUACAUUGUCAAUUAAGGGCAAACCUCAAAUAAAACAUCCAUAAAAUAAACACUAUGUGUAUCUGGAAAACAUAGCUGUCACUUAGGUAGAGGUAUUGGAAUUGAAAAAAUAGUGGACAGGGAUUUUGGGAACUGGCCAUGAGCACACACACAUGUACCCAUAUGGGAAACAUGAUAGACAACUACUGUCUGCCAUUUAGAACACCAAGAUCUGUUUGAUAUGGUCAGGAGCAGUUUGACAGAAAGUGAUUAGUUUGAUAUGAAGACUGCCAAAGUUAUUGAAACUUACUGAUCAAUAUUGUAUUACAGAUUUACAAUGUUAAUACAGUGGCUAAGAAGAUCAACCUUCCUGGUGCCUACAUGUUAGGAGCUGGAGCAGCUUCCCACAGAACCUUAGGAAUUAAUGCUGAGGUUAGUGAAUGAUGCUAAUAUAUGGCUAUUGUAAUGAUAACUGGGUAGACUGGUCCACAACUUGGUAUCUAGACCUGUCCUGCUAAGUCAUCCUUCCCUUCUCCAGUGGAUCCAGGGACCACCACCAGGUUUUGCCCUUUACCCACUGGACAAGCAGAUAUCACCAACUCUGACCACUCCUUCAUGCAGGCAGGAAUCAAUUACUCUGGGUACUUCCAACACUGUCUUUACAAAGGCACUUUUGGCUCAUAAACCCAAGUGAUUCAUAUUUCGUUACACAAGUCCGCAGACCCUGGUGCAGCUGCACCCCCCUUGAUAAAUCUAUAAUACAGUGUUACAUUGAGGAGCGGAGUUUUAGAACAGAUGAUUUGUUGUUUUCAACUUGUGUUGGUUUACUAUGGAGUGAAAAAGUAUAUUCUUCUGGGUAGAUAACAAACAACAAAGGAUGGGGCUGCACUACAAUAUUGGAAAGUAAACAAAGUCCUAGCUCGGAUAAGUCCCUGUGGGUACAAAGUCCAGCAAUGUGGAACUGGAAUCUAGUGGAGGUCUCUGAAGCCUGGGAGUUGUGGUUCUUGCACUUUUCAAACAUAUAGGAGAAGGCGAUAUGCGUUGAGAAGAAAUAAUAGUGCAGUACGUUCUUUGAAGUGCCAAUAUAAGAAGAGUGGUAAAAUUCCUACUCAUAUUCAAUAGAGCUUAAGCUAGCUCUGGUAUAUAUAACCUUCAGCAGUAUAAUCCCCGCUUAUGGGAUGUGUGGUGAGUGUCCUCUUGUGUAUGGUAGUAUCAAGGACCCAGGAAAGGGAUGAUAAAAAAUGGAAACAAUAAUGAAGUAUGUUCCACAGUGGAUAAAAAAAUGACAAAAUAUAGUAAUAACACUCACAUUUAGUAGAGCUUAUACCGGCUCUGGUGUGAUAAACAUACAGCGGUACAAUCCCCGCCUAUGGGAUAUAUGAUGAGUGUUCUUAAAGAUAGUAGUAUCAGGAGCCCAGAAGGAAGACCCUAAAACAGCAAAAGUGCUCUCAAUAAAAUAUUACUGGUCUAUAAAAUAUAAUAAAAUAUACUCACAAAGUAUAGAGCAGACUGGCUCCUCUAUGACAACAUCAUAGGUGGUAUGAUCCCCACCUAGGAUUCUUUGGAGUAUGGAAAGGAAAUAGUUGAUGCCAGGUUGUUGUUAAAAAUAAUAAAAGUUAAAUAAAAGAUGAUGGUACAAAUGAAGUAAAAGGACCAAAAUCUUUUUAUUUAAUAGUUAAAAAGCAGUAUAAUACAUCCAAAUGCGUUUCACCAUAUAGGCUUUAUCAAUGGAGUAAAAACCAGUUUGAAUGAAGGAUUGUGUACCCUCAGGUCCUUUCAUGUUCCUCCUCUGGGCACCAAUCAAGCCUUGAGAAAGCAUAGUACAAAGAUAGAAAUAGGAAGAGAAUAAGAGAGAGUAAAAUUGCCCUUGGGAUUAAAGAUCUCUCCUCCCCCCAGUGAUGGAACUAAAGUAGAGAGGGCUGGUGCAAGAAAUUAUUUGGGCCCCGUCUAUCACAAGGAUGGCCAAAAAGUAGAUUACCAUCUGUCGUACAAUUCUUUGGCAGCUGGGGAUCUGCCAUUUGCCCAUCCUUUCAGGAUUGUAUUUAGCACUGAGCAGUGUUUAAAUACAAGCAUGUUUAUAUAUGGAGUGUGUGUGAAUGUAGGAGUUUGUGUGGUGUUUUUAUGUACUUUAGCCAUUUAAAAGCAGUGGUUUACUUGUGUGUAGUGUUUGCCUUUAAAUGUAGGGUUGUGUCUGUAUGUAUUGACAUUUGAAUGCACAGGUGUAUUUUUGAGUCGAGUUGGCAUUUGAAUGCUUAGAUGUAUGCACAUAUAUAUAGCCACACACACAUACUGAUACACAUCCAAAUACAGACACACGCAGAUACGCAUACUGACAUCUAUACAGAUGCAAGCACUCACCUUACACACGUACAGAUACACAAAGACAUACAUAGAUUCACAAACAAGGGUGCACACACUGACAGAUACACAUACAUAUACACAGAAUGACACUCAUACAGAUACAAACACUGACACACAUGCAGAUACACUGACUCACAUGCAGACAUGCGUGCAAAAUGUACACAUUGUAAGCCACAAUCCCGUUUCCUACCUUGAUGGUGCAGAAAGGGUGGCUUACCUUGGGCCUAGUGGGCUGUCUAAGGCGGUUGGGAGUCAGAGUUUCUUUCACUCUGCUCCCCUCCUCUGCCUUCCUCCCGGAUGGCACUGUGUUAGCUGGGAGGAAAUUACCGCUUGUGCCUUGCUCCCAGUGCUGACUUCAUUACAGGGGGCCCGAACGUGCUCUUAAGGACCAGACUGUUUUGGCCAUGUUGUAUGUUAAGGACCAGGGCUGUUUUAACACUUUUGUGGUGUUUGUGUUUAGCUGUAAUUUUCUUCUCUCUCGUUUACUGUUCCCAUACAAAUUAUAUAUUGUUUUUUUCAGGGCAAGAAGGGCUUUCUUUACAUACCAUUAUUUCUAUCAUGUCAUAUAAUUUACUUUAAAAAAAAUAAAAUAUGAUGAAAUAUUUAAAAAAAAAAAAAAGUCUUUUGACUUUUACUUAUCUACAAAAGCUAAUGAAAAAAACUGCUAAAUAGAUUCAAAAUUUUGUCCUGAGUUUAAAAACACCCAGUGUUUACAUGCUUUUUUUGCUUUUUUUGGCAAGUUAUAGUGCUAUAAGUACAAGUAGGAAAUCGCGGUUUCAAAAUAUGUAUUUUUUUAAAAUGUAUCAAUAGUGACGUUGUAACACUGUUAUCUGUCAUAAAUCUCUGAAUCACACCCCACAUGUUCAUAUGAAUGCUAACUUUGGCCAGUGUUUGGACAUACUCCAUAUUGAAUACCAUGGGUUGUCUACUUUAAAAAAUAUAUUUGUGGGGGGGCGUGGCCAAGCAGAGCAGCUACCAAGACGUGUUUGUGUGGAGCUCCUGCUCACAACACUCAAAAACCCACUAAAUAGCCACAAAGACACGGCACUGAGACCCUAAAAUGGACCUACGACCAGCGCUAAACCCCCCCCACAGUGAGAUGGGGCGGAAAAACAAAAGACUUACCCGCCCGGAGGGUUCCUACCAUCCCGACAUCAGGAGAUCCUUUGACAGGCCGCAACAUCCUCCGCAGCCUAAAAUGGCGCUGGGCGGGCCGCAUAGCGCCAGUGACUCAGACACACGUAAUGAGGACAAGAACCUCCAGACCACAAACCGGGCCACCGCAGUGUACCGGCCGGAGGAUUCCGACUCUGACGACUCGCCAUCUACAAAAGGCGACAUCAAAAGACUGUUGCUGGACCUGCAGGAAGUAUGGAAAUCUGACCUGAGAAAUAUGCGCAUUAGAGGAGCCCCAGCGGAGGUAGGCCCGGUAGCCUUACUGGAAUACACAAACAGUCGCAGAGACCAUGGGGGCGAAAAGACGUAGAGGCAUGGCUGAUCACGGCAGCCUUCAGGAUCCGAAAAGCCCUGACCGCCCCAGCAGAUGCCUUUAGGGACAUUAUUGCCAUCACCCGGUACAUAUCAGUUAAGGCGGCACUUAUGGCCCACUCCAGAAAAUCGCCCACCACCAAAGUGGAUAACCACAAGAAUUCAGAAUCUUUGACGACCUCCCAUUCACAACUCUAAUGGAGAGACGGAAACUUAUGCCCAUUACCAGCCAGUUAAGAGACGAGGCAUCCGAUACCACAGCGGGCACACUGGUGGUGACUCACAAAGAAGACACUGUCCUAUCAUUAUCGCUGGAGGAAGACCCCACAAAAUUCUUACAAGACCUACAGCAACUGCAGACAUUACCCUCGGAGCAGGGGAGCAAAAGGACCCUGUGCGUGACCAGCGAAGAAGUAGAACAGGAGAGCAGCACCGGGGUGGAGAAGAAGCGGGGAAAACCGCGACAGCAACAACCCCAUAGAACUGACAGAGCUAGAGUGUGUUUAUCACUCAUCUCCUACAGGGGACUGGUAGAGGCGAAGCGCUGCUGUGGCCGACGUUGGUCUCGCGACCUUGAUGAUGUAUAAUGUCUGCAUUUUAGUUGAUUAGCUACUUUCAUUUAUUUACUGUUCACCAAUGUUAUGUUUUUAUAAUGCCUUGGUACACUUCACUACCCUUCACUACACUUCACUACCCACUACCCACACAACAGCAGGCUAACUGACUAGCCAACAAGGGAGGCACACCUAACUACUAUUCAAAUAGACAGGUUCAGGGGAGUAUGGACGACUACACGGAGAAGCAGAGGCAACCAAGCGCUCUACAAAACACUGUCAGUUGGGAGCUACACCUGGGCACCCCCAUCCCCCUCCCUAGUCAGCUCGAGACCGCAAAGAUUACCCGGAGGGGCAACAGAGGCACCACUUAAUUACCACACAGACUGGCAGGGCACACGGGACAAAAGGGAGACCAGAAAUGGAUCAUAUGCCUCCCGACUAGGGAACAGCCAGUUCGCAAGGGGGGAGUGGGGCAGACGGAACAAAGGGGGAACUGCACACAGGCCGUAGCACAGAGACACAGAGGGCACUUAAAUGCAAAAGAAGACAAGUGAGGAUAUGGAGAAAGGGGACAGACUCGAGAGGAUCCUUCUAUACGCUGUCAGACCGGUACCCACCGCACGUAUGAUAUACACGACAUUUUACCUAAGUAUCAACUCAAAAUACUCUGUCUCUACAUUGGCUAUCGAGAAACUACCCAAUACAGUAAGCUAAAACCACUAGAUAAUCUUGAGCAUGUACAUGCCUCUUCUCAGGCUCACUAACACGGUCUCAACCACCUACUUAAUCAGACAAGCAGUACAUUAAUAUCUGCUAACCAUUUUAGUUAAUGCCCAACAAACAUCUCCUACACUGUGAAAUGUAUCAUAAACUACGCAACAUCAACAGGCGCCAGGGCGAACCAGAGUAUUACAGACAGUCCGACAUAUCACUUCCUUUAAUCUCAAUGGCAUCCUGUUAAGCGGAUUAUCAAAGUUAACUGAUAUUCAUAUUUGUUUGUAUAAUUUUUCAGUCAACGUUUUACCCAAACUUAAGCCUGUUUUAUACAAGAAAAAUCUGUGCAGUCCUAUUUUAUGCCAUAGUUAUGUUAUUCUCAAGUGGCCGGUAUCUGCUAUUGUGGCAUUACCAGCACAUGUGUAUCAUUCUUCAUGCACUCAAAAAUAAAGAAUUAAAAAAAAAACAAGAGAUGAAUUUUAGGUUGUGAAUAGAGAUCUAUGUUUUAGGUAUUUUGCGUGUUAACUCUAACUGGUUAUUUUUAAAUCACUGAACAAAUGUUUAUUUCUGAAAUUAUUUUUAGGUUAUUUUGCAUUUCAUCUCUGUCAAAAGAAUUGCAGUUUUAAAAUGAUUUGCAUAAUACCCUAGCUAUAACUAAAUGCAUUAAGUUGUUGCAUUUUAAAAAAUAUGUAAAAGAGGUGUUGGGCCAUAUUAAAAUGAUAAAAAAUAAAGACUUUUCUAAAAAAAAAAAUAUAUUUGUUUGUGUGUUAAAAAUGCAAAACACUUUUUUUCCCCCAGAUUGUUUUGUAUGUUUUAUGUAAUUUGUGUCAAAGCAAGACUAUUGUGAAGAAAUUUGUAUUUAUUCGAGUUUUUAUGUAAUUUGUGAUAAAACUAAUACAAAUAUUAUAUUUUUAUAUAUAUAAAAAAAUGCAAAAGACAAUUCUGAAUGCCAACUUUGGCCAGUGUUUGUGACUAAGUGGCUACUAAAUAAGACUGGACAUAUACCCCAUUUGCGAUACCUUGGGUUGUCUUCUCUUGCAAAUGGUAUGCCAUCAUGGGGGCAAUUCUCAUUCCUGGGCUACCAUACGCUCUCAAAUUCAACAUGACCAACCAGGCAAAUUUCAAUGUAAUGAAAAAAGGAAAAUCAAGUCUAUUUGACCCAGUAACUUUCAAAAACCACUAUAAAACCUGUACAUGGGGGUACUGUUAUACUCGGGAGACUUUGCUGAACACAAAUAUUAGUGUUUCAAAACAGUAAAAGUGCUGUUUGUAUUUGGAAAAAUGCCAAAAAUGUCACUUUCGCUGACAAUGUCAUUGCUGUGAUAUGUUUUACUGUUUUUGAAACACUAAUAUUUGUGUUCAGUGAAGUCUCCCGAGUAACACUGUACCCCCCAUGUACAGGUGUUAGGUUGUCAUGUAAAGUUACAGGGUUAAAUACAGUGCUAGCAAAUUAAAUUCUCUGGACUUUCGGCCUGGGUUUUCAGGCAGGUCCCUCAAAUUACAAUCAAUAAAAUGACUUAAUUAUGUAAAAGUAUUACAUAAAUAUGCACAUAGAAUUUAAAUAUAUAUACAUAUUUAUAUAUCUUAAGUCUAUGUGUAUAUUUAUGUAAUUUUGUAUAUGGAUAUAUAUAUAUAUUUCGUAUUUUUAUUUCUAUAUACAUAGAUUUAUAUAUAAUUUCAUUCUAAGUGUAUUUUGAUAUAAAUAUAUUAUCAAAAUAUAGUUAGAAUAAAAUUACAAAUAUAUAUGUAUGUUUUUAAUUUUUAUUUUAAAGGUUUAUUUAUUUUUAUUUAUUUAUAUUUUACAAUAAUAGUUAUAUAUAAUAUACGUGUGUAAUUUAAAUAUAAGUGUAUUUUUAUAUUAAUAUAUGUAUAUCUAAAUGAAAAAAUACACUUAGUUUGACAUUGUGUAUAUAAGAUAUAUAUAUUAAUAUAUAAUUUGUGCUCGGAAUUUAAUAUGUAAUGAAUAGUGUCUGAGAUGAAGAGUUGGUUAUGGUGUGCCGAAACCAACGUCCGAGUGGGCCUGUAAAUAAAAGAGGGCAAAGAGAAGUUUGAAAAAACACACUUUAUUACAUAACUAAAUUCCUGAAGGCUUGGCGGAGCUCUCUUUCUGGUCGUGGAAUGUACGUUUUGUAUAUGGAGGAUUUCCAAUGACCCAGUCUCUUUAUGAUGUGGACCGGGGCGUUUGUACUAGAAGCUGAUGAAGCGGCUCCUAUGCGGAAGGAGUGCCCGGAGAAAGAAGCUGGGUUGUAACCCAGUUUUCCCAAUAAGAUUCUAAGAUGUGUGGUGAAUUUUGCUGUGGUGAGUGGGUGCCCUUGUAGUUGUAAGAUCGGUGAGUCGGGUGAGUGCGUGUUAUGAGUUGACUGUAGGUGGUCUAGCGCCUUAAACGGACACCAAGCAUUAUCUGUUGGAAAGAGGGGAAUGAUAGUGGGCUGUAGUGAAUGAUUAGUUUUUGUAGAUGGGAUCGUGAGAACGUAGUAAUCCUCUACUUUUGUGAGUUGUGAGGUUUUAAGGCUGUGUGUGAUAUCCCCUUGACAAACAACGCUAAAUUCCCUAGGUCUUAGGAACCCGUAAAAAGCUAAAUAGAUAGCAGACUUGAUCACCAGGUUUGUGUUGGGAUCAUAUGGGGAUUCGUCUAGUUGAUUGCUAAGUAAUCUAAAGAUAGGCCCAUCUAUCGGUAGUCUGGUGGUGAUAAGAGGAACUGAAACUUUAGAGAUACCCUUUAAGAUUUUCUUGAUGGGGUAUGAUGACAAAAAGGGGGUGUUGUUAGGGAAAUUUGUGAGGCUGUGAUGCUGCACUCCUGUGAAGUAUAGUUUAAUUGUAUUGUGGGAAAGUUUUAAAUGUAAAUGGCAAAAGGAGGCAAAAGCCACCAUAGUUUGAGUAGAAAAAUCACCUUGUAAUCCGAAUUCAGCUGUGAAUUUAUUGAAAACGGCAAGUGCCCUACUUUAGGUGAUAGCUGUGUUAGGUGAUAGUGCUUGGUGCGUAAGAGUCCUAGCGUGGUGCAUAAGUGUGUUCAAUCCAGGAUUAACUUGUGAAACCUCGGUGUUCUGGAUGGUUGAUGGUGGGCUGACGGUAGUGCCUGGAAUUGAGAUCGAGACAGAGCAUCAGCGACCAUGUUGUGGAUACCCCGGAGUGCAGUGCCGAUAAAUCGAUAAUCAUGCGUUUUUUUUAUUCGAGUAUUUGUGCACAGUUAUGCCAAUGGGUUUAGUGCGCCAGCAGGAAAACGGUGAGGAGGUGAAGGGGCCGAUCAUGAAACCUUGUGCUAUUUCUGUGGAAAGGAGAGCGUCCGUAGCCUCUGGGUCUAGGCAGGUUGAUAGGAGAUUGGGGCAUUCCAGCGUGCCUGAGUGAAUGGCUACGAGACCCGUGAGAAAGCCCUGGGUGAACCCUGUUAACAAAUAUUCCACCAGAUGUCUACUUGGAUGAGUUUUCAAGUAAAAAAAAACAGGUUGUCGAUAUUAAUGUCGGUUAGUCACUUGCUAGGGGACAGCCUGGCCGGGCACAUGGUCUUAGUGUGUGCCCUGAAGCUGCAGGAACCUGCAUUGAAAUUGUUGCACACCUGAGCUUUCCCUAGAAAGGAGAUUGGCCUACCCAGUUUAUCCCGCUGACCACCCUCAUGUUUUAUGCCGACGAAAGGUUGUACCAACCGAUCCCCGAGGUGCCUUAGCGUGGAAACCGUGGUGGUCUCCGUUAAAGUUACCGUGAUCCCAUGUGUGUUCCAGCCCCCCGGUAAGACCCCCGAGCGGCGUAGAGGAGACUGGAAUGAGGGGUAAGUAUGACUCACGGUUGGCUGUUUAGGAAGCCAGAUCGCCACACCGGACGGAGGAUUCUGCCGGAGACUGUAGCUGGAUAGGACGCCCGGACCGGAAGUCAGUGAAACUGGAAGUUGAACGGCAACACUUGAACUUGGACAUCAGAGGUGAGUAGGGGCUGGGAGUUUAAGUAGGGGACUUACUCCUCCCACAAAUUUAGGCCUAAUGGCCUUUCUACAUAUUAUACACACAGGCUGCAGCAACAACUUGGACAACAUUAUAUUUUUUUAUAUAUAUAUAUAUAUAUAUAUAUAUAAUGUUGUCCAAGUUGUUGCUGCAGCCUGUGUGCGUUCCAGCGGUUCACUGAAAGACCCUAUAGGUCUAGCAGGAGCUUAUUAUGCUAAUUAAUCUUCCUCUGAUCAAGUUUUAUAUAUUUUUUUUAUAUAUAUAUAUAUAUAUAUAUAUAUAUAUAUAUAUAUAUAUAUAUAUAUAUCUAUCUAUCUUGAUAAGAGGAAGAUUAAUUAGCAUAGUAAGCUCCUGCUAGACCUAUAGGAUCUUUCAGUGAACCGCUGGAACGCACACAGGCUGCAGCAACAACUUAGACAGCUGCAACAUAAACCAAUACUGGGUCAAUUUUUACCCACGGAUUUUAGCGAUCAGCUACAGCAAUCACUGGGGGCAAAGGGUAAGUGCUUCAUGUGUACGUUGUAUUGAAUGAUUAUGUUUGUUAUUAAACAUUGGUUAUGGUACCUGCACCUUAUCCUGACGAAAGUUCUGACAAGGAACUGAAACGUUGAUUCACUAUGGCAUCUGCUGAAUAAAAAGCUAAGUUAUUUUCACCUUACUACAAAGUCCUUGGAGUGCUAUCUGUUAAUAGACUGUUGUAAUUUUGCUGACAAGCACCGGGCUUAUUUUAUUCCUAAUACUGGAGUGCAAGCAUUGGAUAUAUAUAUAUAUAUAUUUUUUUUUUUUUUACACUGAUUGCUUUUUAAAAUUUUAUUUUUAUAUUUUACACAUGCAGGGAGACUGCCUGUCAGUACAGGCAGUCCCACUGUAGGCAGAUACAUUCUUAGAGUGAUCACAUGGCCACGGGGUCCCAAUUCGCAGAGGGGAGAUUGCCUGGGCAGCAGGCGGUCUCUCCACAACAGGAGCAACACCGAUAGUCACCGGGGGAACGACGGCGACCAGGUGAGUAAAAAUUUCCGAUGAUGGUCCUGAACCAUCACCGGUCGUGAAGGGGUUAAAGGGACACUAUAGUCACCAAAACAACUUUAGCUUAAUGAAGCAGUUUUGGUGUAUAGAAUAUGUCCCUGCAGUCUCACUGCUCAAUUCUCUGCCAUUUAGGAGUUAAAUCACUUUGUUUAUGAACACUAGUCACACUUUCCUGUAUGUGAAUUGCACAGCCUUCCUAAACACUUCCUGUAAAAAAUCAUCUGUUUAUCCUUCCUUUAUUGCAAGUUCUGUUUAAUUUAGAUUUUCUUAUCCCUUGCUAUGUUAAUAGAUUGCUAGACACUGCAAGAGCCUCCUGUAUGUGAUUAAAGUUCAAUUUACAGAGAAAGAGAUGCAAUUCUUUAAAGGGAAACUCCAGUGCCAGGAAAACAAUCUGUUUUCCUGGCACUGCAGGUUCCCUCUCCCUCCCACCCCCCAAUCCCCGGUUGCUGAAGGGGUGAAAACCCCUUUAGUCACUUACCUGAGGCAGCAACGAUGUCCCUCGUUGCUGCUUCCUCCUCCGCCGCCGGUCCUCCUCUGCAUUGCGUCGGCCGGUGGGCGAGACUGAUCCCGGGGAGACCUAAUUAGCGCUCCCCAUAGGAAAGCAUUGAAAAUGCAUUUCAGUGCUUUCCUAUGGGGAAAUGAGCGACGCUGGAGGUCCUCACAUAGCGUGAGGACGUCCAGCGACGCUCUAGCACAGGUUUCCUGUGCUAGAAACCAGGAAGUGCCCUCUAGUAGACAGCCACUAGAGGUGGAGUUAACCCUGCAAGGUAAUUAUUGCAGUUUAUAAAAAACUGCAAUAAUUACACUUGCAGGGUUAAGAGUAGUGGGAGUUGGCACCCAGACCACUCCAAUGGGCAGAUGUGGUCUGGGUGCCUGGAGUGUCCCUUUAAGGUAAAUUAAAACUGAUUGAAAUUGAAAGCAGUUUUUUUUUCUUUAUGCAAGCUGUGUCAAUCAAAGCCAGGGGAAGUGUGACAAGGGCUGCAUAAACAGAAGCAAAGUAAUUUAUCUCCUAAAUGGCAGUAAAUUGAGCAGUAAAACCUAAGAAGCAUGAUCUAUACACUAAAACAGCGUAUAACUGCAUGAGCCACCCGAUGGGGCCAUUCAGCAUGCAAGAUUUCGAUCAUUUGUUAUACAAAAGAGCUGUGGAAACAUUUGGAUUUGAUAAUAGAAUAGACAUAUUUAUCAUCUUUUGGCUAUAAAAGGGUAUGUAGAAGGAUUUAAAAAGCAACUAUAGUCAUCUAGACCACUUCAUCUCAAUAAAGUGGCCCUUUUCUGUUUACUUUAAUAUGGGGAAGUUUGAAUAUGCAUGUGGCUUUUUGAGGAGCAUUGGAUUAGGCCAUCACGGAGGAGACCAUGCCACCUCCAUGACAUCACAGAUGGUGGAGAGGUAAGCAUGAGUUUUUUUUAUUUUAUUUUAUUAAUGGAGGUUGAUACACUUCCUGUACAAGUUCUGCCCAUAAUGCUGUGCUUUCGAACAACUUUAUUUAAACGUACUAUUAUAAACAACAAGCACAAAUAUAAUGAAUAAAGUCUGGAGGACAGAACACUCCCCGCCUGACGUUAUGUGACGUCACUUACAGAGUCUUCUGCAGAAAACAACAGAACAAGUUCGGCCACUGGUCUUAAAAAUACUUUGGCCUCAUUCUGCUGGAAGAUCUUGACUUCGACUUUACGGAUACACCUAUCCUCACUUGGCAGUACUCUGGUGAUCAGACCUAACGGCCACUCAUUCCUUUGUGCCUGGCAGUCUCAUAAGUACAACAUGAGUAAAAGGCGGAUCCAUGCUAAGUCUGUCAGAUGGUAAAUUGGCCAUCUUUUGUGUCUGGAACGUUCCAGAAAGUUUACGGCAGAUAACACACUUGAAAAGGAACUUGCUCACACAUCUCUUAGCUCCAACUAUCCACAGUCCAGCAGCUCGUAAAGCUCCUUCAGUAAACAGUCGGCCCUGAUGUUUGGUUUGGUCAUGGUAGUGUUGGAUGAGUAAGUAGGCAAUGUGGUGGUGACCUGGGAUCACUAAAGGAUGUUUCUCCGAAAACUCUAACUUGCUUUCUUUUAAGUGGCCUCCUACUCUCAACAGGCCAUUUUCAUCCAGGAUUAGAUAGUUUCUUUAAAACACCGUCUUUAGGAACAGGUUUCUGGUUAACAAUACAGUUGUUUUCUUUGGCGAAGACUUCUCUCUGUACAACAGAUAUCCAAUUUUUAGAUUGUUCUAGGCCAGUUGCUGUGUAGACUUUUUCACAGUGAUGCCAACCUCUGCAGUUGUCAUGAGAUGGUGGCUCCUUUUUGUAGGACUGAACUAUGUGGAUUAGGCAAGUGAUAGCUCAUUCUAGUGACUUCCAGGUGGAGAACCUGCUAAAACAGUGGGUUUUAAACUGGUUGAGAGAAGUUGUUGUGACUGAGGUAGAAACCUGAGGGAGGAUUUCCUGAUCCUUGUCGGCAUUGAUUAGAUUAAAUGUGGCAAAGUCAUUAAUGUUGCAGUCGGGACUGUGCAGAAAGGUGGGACCUGUGAACCAUGAAGUACUUUCGAGAUGGCUGGCUGCAACAGAUCUGGUUGCUAGGUCUGCAGGAUUGUAGUCUUUAGGCACAAAAUGCCAUUGUUCUGGGCGGGUGGACCUCCUUAUCCUCAACACUCUGUUAUUGUUUAACUCUUCCUUCAUAGCUACUUGUUCUUCUUUUAGUGCAUAAGCCUGAGCUGCUAAAGCUGAUUCGUCGACUCUGACUUUUUUUAUUUUGGAUGUCACUGCGGUCAUAAUCAGAUAUUUCCAUUUCCUCUUCUCGACGGAUCCCCAUGAGCUGUUCACUGUGUGCAUUUCGCAGUUCUUUGGAGAGAUAUUCACCAUUGCUGGAAUCUGUCAACUUUUUGGCUUCUUUAAGUUGUUCCUUGAGAACAUUGACAAGCGCUUGAGCAUGACUCUGCUCUUCGUUGGCUUUUUCAAGUUCACUCUUGUUCUUAACUUCCAGGAAAAGCCAAUCUUCAAUUGACAUUGCUUCCUGAUUGUCCUCCUUUGCUCUCCUGAACACUGUGCAUCCUAAGUCGUCUUGGUACCUGUCUUAGAUAUUGCUGUCACAGGGGGAACUUAGGAAAGGAAGAGGUACAGGGUUGCUGUGUGGUAGCUCCUUUGUGAGGAUGCGAUUUUGGAAGGGCUGGAUAACUCAUAACUCCAUACACAGGUCACUGAAUUCUCUGAGUCUUUGGUAACCUUUGUUAGGUAUUCUUGGGACGUCCUCUAUCCUUUUAAAUAGUGUACUCUCUAUAGCCUCUGGUGAGCUGUAACAUCUAUCCAGCCUACUCCAGAUGUCUGUAAGGCCUAUCUCUGGGUGGUUUAUAUUAAUGUCUCUGAUCCUUUUUGCAUGCUCAGCAGAAUCAUUGCCAAGCCACUUCACGAGGAGAUCUAUCUGUUCCCUGCAGGAUAGAUCUAGACCUGUGAUGGCACUCUGGAAAGAAGAUCGCAAUGCUCUGUAAUGCUGGGGGUGAUCACUGAAUUUGGUAAGUCCUUGGGUAACUAACUCACGUUUUGCAAGGAACAUGGCAAGGUCUACAGAAGCCUGAUUUGCAUUUGGGUAGGCUGUUGGUGUAUCGUGAUGUGGUGUAUGGGCAUACCUGGUAAGAGUCUCUUUUUCAGACGGGCUGGGUUCAUACUUGCAUAAGGUUGGCGGCUCGUACCAGCUUGUUGCAUACUCCCUUGGAGUGUAAGCUGGUGGUUGACGCUGUUAUGAAGGCGGAGCACCUUGUUGCUUUAUUUGAUGUGAUGUCAUGUUUGAUUUCUUGCAGUUGGAGUUAGAGUGCUGGUAGACAUAAUCUGAAGUGCGCUGCAUGGAAUCUUGGUGGUCUUCCCCUAGUCCUGGUAUGCUGCUACUUACUCUUGGCUCAUCGUAGUCAGCUGCUUCUAAUGCUUUUGCUUCUGCAAUGGCGGCAGCAGCGUCUCGGUCUAUUGCUAACCUCUCCAUGCUAGCUUCUAGGAUAGCCCGCUGCAUAUUCAGAGAUGCCUCUAGGUGAGCCUUUUCUUUUUUCAUCUGCAACUCUUGGUCUGCAAAGGCGGCCUUGGCCCUUGCUGCUUCGGCUUUCGAGCGGGCGAUCGCUGCUGCAUUUGCGACAGAUGACUUGGAUGAGCUUGCUUGUGAUCGUGUUUUACAAGAAGAUGCCCCACUGUGAGACAUGGUUGCGGGGGAGAAGCUGUCCUGCUGUAUAGAGACCGUUGAAGUGACAGAACGCGUCUCUGUGUAGCCUGGCUGCUUGCUUCCCCUGCUGAAGGCCUGUUUCAUCUAAGGCUUCUGACUGUAAGAAUACUGCAUAGCUGCGGGCUGUACAGUCUUCUAAAGUCAGCUUAUCUUCACCCCAAAGGUCAGCAAAAAUUUCAACGUUCUGUCUCUAGGACAGAGAGCUAAACCUUCCUGCUCCAUAAACUUCAGAUACCAUAUUUCUUUGAUCUCAAAUUUAUUAGAACAAGCCAGGUGAAACUACAAAUGGUAGAAAUAAACUUCAAUCAGUAAAGUAUUGCAUACAACAAAGAAACAAUGAUCCAUAAUACAGGAUAACAUAGCAAGAACUCUCUAAGGGGUGAUGGCUAGCGAUGAGAAGUACAUGACUUGCUGUUUACUGUAUCUUCCCAAAAUGGAGGCUGAUAUACUUCCUGUGCAAGUUCUGCCCAUAAUGCUGUGCUUUCUAACAACUUUAUUUAAACAUACUAUUCUAAACAACAAGCACAAAUAUAAUGAAUAAAGUCUGGAGGACAGAACAGUGACUACUAUUAAAGUUGUAAUUUCAGCAUGCUGCAUUUUAAAACCGUAAUUCACUCUUAGCAGUAUUUGUUUUAUAUCAAAAGAAAGCCAUAUUCCUCCUUUAAAUGUACUUGUACAUCUUAUAUAUUUUUAAACAGGGGAAAUUGUGAUAGAAUUAAUGCAUUGCAAAAACGGCAUAAAGGCCUAGGUCUCAAACACUUUGCAUCUCAAAAAAAACCUUGGUCCUUAAGGGGUUAAUUUUAAAGCAGCUUCCUUCUAGAGUCUCUGCUUAUACUGCUUUAUCUGCCAGUAGCUAACGUCAGAGCUGCAAAACACCAAUGUGUAUGGGGGAUCCCAUGAGACUGCAGGAGGCCACAUAGACAAAAAGGGUUAUUCACUAAAGUGAAAAUCAAAUUGGAAUUAAGGUGAACUUAAAAAUUUCUCAAGCAUAGUAAAAAUACAUAAUUCAAAUUAGACCCUCCUUUGUAUUAUGUAUUUUGAUUGUGUUGGAACUUCAGUUAAUUUCCACCAUAUUCUUUAUGGGCUUUUUAUUUUAUAUAUAAACAAGAGAUGCUUUAAGAUUCAACCUGCACACUGCAUCCAAGACAUAAUACUAUAGAUUUCACGAAUGAAUAAACAAAAAUUACAAAUGUCACUAGAUUAUUGAGUUAAUUAGUAUAUUUGACAUUUUGGUGGGGAUAUGACUUCAUUAAAACAAAAUGUCGAGAUGUAAUUUUCUUAUGUUCCUCUUUCUCUAAUAGACACUUUUUGCAGAGUUUAGGAGUUGCAAGAGUAAAGAGAUAUUGCUUUACCAACUGGUUUAUACUUUACUCUUUCUAAAUUUCCAAGUCUGCUUUCAUCUGAAAUCAGCUGAUCAUUUGCAUAAAAAGUAUCCACUGUAUACUUUUUAUGCAUACUGUAUGCAAGGAAACCACAUAGUCCUAUAUAAUUUAAAUUAAAUAUAAACUUUCAUUAUUGUUACAAUUUCUUUGCAGAUGAUAUUCUCCGUACAAGCUGAGAGUACAACCUCCCCUUCUGUAAAUGGAAGUUAUAUUGCUAGUGUUAACCCAGCAGAUGGCAAUUGUCUUUUGGAGAAAUACAAGGAUAAUCACACAGAUGAUGAAUUUGGGCUGCUAUCCAACAUAUACGCCAGUGAGGGGAAACCAGGAAAAGUAAGUAUUUCAUAACAAACUUUUCAUAUCCAGUAUGAAAGCUGUUUUUGAAGUAUAUAGAUGUUUUUGUCUAAAGUAUUUAUUCUUAGUCUGCGUGUUAUCAGUUUACUACAGUGUUCUAAACAGACACAUUAUCUAUCUAUAUAUAUAUAUACACACACACACACAAAUAAAGCAAAAGUUGUAAUGUCCAGUAGGUAUUAUUUUAUUAUUUAUAUAGCGCCAGCAAAUUUCGUAGCGCUGUAAAAUGGGUGGACUAACAGACACGUAAUUGUAACCAAACGGACACACAGGAACAGAGGGCCCUGCUCAAUGAGCUUACAUUCUAGAGGGAGUGGGGUAAAGUGACACAAAAGCUAUAAGUAGGGGUACUAAAAUAGGUUGGUAGAAAAGUAUUCACUGAGAACUUGCAGGAGAGGAGUCAUGGAGGUGGAGGAGAAGUGAGGGGAAUGAAAACCUGCUAACAGUUUAAAUUAUAUGCUUCAUGAAGAAGUGUGUUUUCAAUGAUUUUUUUGAAUGAGUGGAGACUGGGUGAAAGUCUUAUGGAGAAGAGGUGCAGCCCUGGAGAAAUCUUGGAGGCAAGCACCAGAUGUGGGAGUAUGGACAGAGGAUAUACGUAGGUCUUCGGCAGAGCGCAGGGGCCUCAACGGGACAUACUUGUGUAUUAGUGAGGAUAGGUAUGUUGGGACUUGUAAGCAAGCACCAGAAUCUUAAAUUGAGCCCUAUAUCUAACUGGAAGCCAAUGUAGGGACUGACAGAGGGGGGAGGCUUGUGAGGUGCAAUCUGGGAACACGUAAGACCACUGAGAAGGGGAUUGCAGAAGUCAAGGCGAGAAAGAACAACGGCAUGGACCACCACCUUAGUCACGUCUGGUGUUAAAUUGAGGCGGAUUCAAGCUAUGUUUUUGAGAUGGAAGCGGCAGGAUUUGGCGAUCGACUGGACAUGAGGGGUGAAGGAGAGGUCAGAGUCAAAGAGAACACCUAGGCAGUGAGUCUGCGAGAUAGAGGUGAUGGUGGCACCGUAAACUUGUAGGGAGGGAGACACGGGAGUAGAAACACUUGAGGGAGGAAAGACCAGAAGUUCUGUUUUGGACAGGUUCAGUUUAAGAAAGUGAGCAGCCAUCCAGUUGGAAAUCACGGAGAGGCAGUCAGAAACAAGAGUCAAGAUGGGCGGAAAGAGAUCAGGAGACGACAGGUAGAUUUGCAUGUCAUCUGCAUAUAAAUGAUAAUGGAAGCCAAAGGAGCUUAUGACUUUACCAAGGGAGGCAGUAUAGAUGGAGAACAGUAGUGGGCUAAGGACUGAACCUUGGGGAACGCCAACACCGAGGGGUUGGGGAGAAGAGGCAGAGCGAUAGAAAGGAACGCUGAUAAAGCCCUGGGAGAGGUAGGAGGAGUACCAAGAGAGAGCAGUAUCUUGUAGACCGAGAUUACGGAGAAUGAGAAGAAGCUGUUUAUGAUCAACCGUGUCAAAGGCAGCAGCAUGAUCAGGGAGAAUUAGGAUAGAGUAAUGGCCGCGAAAUUUAGCAGCUAUUAAAUCGUUGGAUACUUUGGUCACCGCUGUUUCAACAGAGUGACGAGCGCGGAAUCCAUACUGAAGUGGGUCAAGCAGAGAGUUGGAUUCGAGGAAGUCUGUCAAUCUCGCAUACACAACUCUCUGAAAGAUCUUGAAAGCAAAUGGCAGUAGCGAUAUAGGGCGGUAGUUGGAUUGGGGGUUGGGGUCAAGGUUGGACUUUUUCAGAAUUGGCGUUAUGGUUGCAUGCUUGAAGUGUGAACGAAAUGUGUCGGAGGAAAGAGAGAGAUUGAAAAUUUUAGUGAGAGCAAGGACAAGAGAGGGAGACAGGGUGCGGAUGAGAUAUGAGGGAAUAGGAUCGAGGGAAUUGGUGGUGAUGCGGGAGGACUGGAGCAGAGCAGAAACCUCUUCUGUUGUAGUAGGUGCGAAUGAGCAUAGAACAGUGGAGUGAGUGGGGUUGGGUGCUGUAUUGGGAGGGAGAGAGGUUAGAGAUCUCUUCCCUGAUUGUAGAAAUCUUGAAGUGAAUUGCAAAGUUUGAGGUGGACAGGGUGGUAGGAGGAGGGGGAGCAACAGGGCAAAGGAGAGCAUUAAAAGUGUGAAAUAGGCAUUUGGGUUGGCAGGACAGUGUGCUUAUGUGGGUGUUGAAGUAAUUUACUUUUGCAGAGGAAAGAGCCAGAGUGUAGGAGCGCAGCAUACAUUUAUAGUGGAGGAAGUCAGGGUAUGAUUCAUUUUGCACUGUAAAAAUAUUGUCCAUUAAGGUGGCGCAUAUUUAUUGUUUCAUUGUCAAAAUAUGGUUAAUGUGAUUUGUGUGGUGGAUGCAUGGAAUGAUUCUCCAAUGCAGAUGCUGAUUACAACCGUGUCUGGAAUGCAAUAGGGUAAAUUUUUAAGGUAUUUGGAAAAAUGGCUUGAUGUGAUACAAUAAAACAAAAAUAUUGUAAAGGAAUUUUCGACUGGUCCACUAUAUAAGUCCACUAAUAUAUGCUCCUGACCCUUGGAUGGUCAAAUGGUGUGUUAUAUCAAUAUUUUAUAAUCCUAUAAUAUUGUUUUAUUCUUCAGGUCAUUGAGGUUAUUGUAAAGAAAAGGACUGGGGAGGACAAUUUUGUGAGUUGCAUGAGAAACUCUCUCAAAACUCAUUAUGGAGACAAAGCUGUGGGUAUUGGAGGAACUUUUGUAAUAGAAGAAGGGAAAGCUAAACUUCAUGUCAUGGUAAAAUCCAAAACAAAAUUUUACAUUAAUUUCCAUUCAUUACGUAUGCAUUUAUUUUCUUGCUUUACCCUGUUCCUGUCGAUUUUGGGGCCAGCUUGGUCCAAUGCUUCAUAACCACUUAUGCAGCUGGCUAGACCAUAGCUAGUGCUUUCCACAGGUCUUUCUCCAGGCAGAGUACCCUAAUACAGUAAAUGAAUAAAUGGGUGGAAACUGGUACCCAGUGAAGACGUAGCAAAGUGUAUAGUGAGAUGAACUCACUUUGUCAUGAAACCUAAAUAUAUCAGUAGAUGACGUGUUUCAAUAGAAUUGUUUUACUGAUAGUUAAUGCCUCAACGGACGGUUCUAUUUUUUUUUUUUUUUGAGAAUAUUUUUGGCUUGAAUGUAUUUCAAAAAUGACGUGCAUAGCUAGCUCAUAAGACACAAGUAGUACAUUUGUGUAUAUAUUGCAGUGUGUGAAUGUGAAGAAUAAAAUGUAUGUAAAUUUGAUAGAUAUAUUCAGAGAUUAUACAAUAUUCCUUCCAAGUAGUACAGUAAAAUAGAAGUACAGGGAUACAUAUACAUUUUAGAACAUGCGGUACAAGGGAAAUUUAAAUUGAAGAUAAAAAUGAUCGACCAUAGUUCUUAUGGGUUUUUCUGUUGAUUUCCAAGAUGACAGCAGAAUGUAUUCUUAUAUGGGUAUUAUGCACACACACACACACACACACACAAAAAAAAAAAGACAUCUGUUUUUAUAGACUACUGCAAAGCAAUAGUGAAAUCAUCCCAUGUAUACAGGUUGGUGGUGAAGGUAUCUAGUGCAUGGAUGGAUAUUUAAAGUUUAUCAUAGAUUUUUCUUUCACAUUGACAGCCUCGUGAAUUUUCUGCUUGUCCUUUGAUCACUGAUGAUGAUGUCGAUCAAUGGCUGAAGUUUUAUGAAAUGAAAGCUCCUCUGAUUUGCCAAUCAGUAUUUGUGUCUCACGAUCCUGUAAGUUUGGAAUACAAUGGGCAUGGUAACCAUAGUGAUUAAAAACAAAUAUAUCUUCACACGGUCUUGGGAAUAUAUUAGUCUGCCCAGUUUUUCAUAAAUAUAUUAAAUACAUCCUUGGAAAUCCUAAACUAAAACUCUAAAAGAUUUGUAAUUUUACAAAAUAAUUAAAUAGUAGGAAACCUACAUAUUACAGUUGGAUUUGUGUUGGAAUGAUCAAGUUGUUCUAAUUUAGAAAUCUCUAUCAUUAGGUCUCACAUUUAUAAUAUUUCCACCAACCCACCCUCCCCCUCCCCAUUACCAGGAAAUCAACUCUUAAAUCUUGGUUAGGAUAAUACUUAUAACUACUGCUUUUAGUUCUUGAUCAUUUAUCAAUUUGCUCCAGUUGCGCAACUACUUUUAAUUCCACCUUACAAGAAAAAAAUAAAAGUGAAGUAUAAUAAAUACAAAGCUAUAUUUCUAGAACUAUAGCUCCCUCUCCUUACCCCCUCCUUUUAUUUACUUGACUUAUCCCAGUGCCAGUGUCCGUGUCAUGGCUCUGCCUCCUCCAAUGUUCUGCGAUGGGGAGACGCUAAUGUGCAUGAUCGACAAAUGCCGCGCACGCACAUUAGACCUUCUCAUAGGAAAGCAUUGAAUCAAUGCUUUCCUAUGGGGAAAAAUCUGACGCUGGAUGUCCUCAUGCAGAGCACGGAGUACAAUAGGGACACUGCACCCAGACCACUUUAAUGAGCUGAAGUGGUCUAGGUACCUAUAGUGAAAACACAAGUAAUGAGGUCAGUGAAGAGAUUUAUAGCAUUCAGAUAAAACAAACCUCAAUUGCACUGAUUUUCCAUUUAUUACUGUAUAUUUAGGGCUUUGACUUGCGCCUGGAACACACCCAUUGCUUCAGUCACCAUGGAGAAGGAGGACACUACCAUACUGACACUACCCCGGAUACAGUGCAGUACCAUGGCUACUUCCACCCUGCCGAAUUUCUUUACCGCAUUGACAAACCUGCUGUCACACACGUGGUUGGACGGGACUAAAUUGAUGACAAAAUAAAUGCAAAAUGUAAAGUAAUUCCUGUGAAACACUGCUGGAAUUUCGACUAGACACAAAGAAAGUAUUCUCCUGAUUAAUGCACUUACUUGUUGAGUAUUGCUUUUAAAUCUAAUAUUCAGCUGCUAUUGGAAAGCGAUAGAUGAUAGCAUUAUGAGCCAUCCAAUUAAAUAUAUAAUUCAAAUAAUACAAGUCUAAAAUGUUGUCAUUAGUGCUCCUUGUUUUUCUU